AUGAACAAAGGAAAAUCAACAACGGAUGCAUCUACAGUUUCAAAAGGUGCAGAAGGUCGUCGACGUAUCAAUAUUCAACAUAUGCAAAAUGUUCUUCUAAUCUGGUUAGACAGUAACAUUGACGAAACAAGUCAUGAUUGUCAAAAUACAAUUACAAAACUGCGAUGUGCUGUGAAUGAUAUCAACACAUUUACGGAUGCUAAUCAAUGCUUUGAGUUCAUUGAAACAGUCGUCGACAAAAAGGCUUGUAUAAUCAUAUCUGAAUCACUUGGACAACAAACUGUACCUCGUGUACACAGUAUGUCUCAAGUUGAUUCGAUUUUUAUCUUUUGUGGCAACAGAAAACAUCAUGAACAGUGGGUCAAAAAUUGGCCCAAAAUAAAGGGUACCUUCACAGAGAUGAUACCAAUUUGUGAAGCACUCAAGGGAGCUGCUCAUCAAUGUGAGCAAAAUGCUAUUCCCAUGAGUUUCGUGGGAACAAAUAAAAAGUUGGAUCAAUUAGAUCCUUCUUUCGUGUACACUCAAAUACUUGAAGAAACAUUAUUGACUAUCAACUUCGAACAAAAAUAUAUACGAGAUUAUAUUAAUUACUGUUGCGAUGUUUUUCCAGAUAACAAAAAACAAAUAGAAAAUAUUAAACGAUUAGAAGAUCAAUAUCAUAGCGAAACACCCAUCUAUUGGUACACCCGUGAUAUGUUCCUGUAUCCCAUGCUCAAUCGUGCACUGUGA